GUAGGAGUGUUCACGAACAACAGACAAUUAUUUUAAAAUUAAACAAAAAAUACAAUAAUACACAUUUUUCCUUCUACAAGAAGAUUCUAAGCACUGGACCCAUACUUCUAGCCUCUGCCAACAUGAUGGCACGUACAGCAAGAUGCUUUGCUGUCACCGUGUUAUUGAUGCAGAUGUUUUAUUUCUGUCAAAGUUUAAGAGAAGGUGACCAAGGCGUUUGCUUGGAACACUACAAAUCCGUUUGGCCCCGUCUUGCACACAAUUCUGUCCGACCCGAAAAGGAUGAAACAGGAUCUGUCGGCGUCGCUCUAGUAUGUUGCUAUAAGUAUCUGUAUGAUUCAGAUACAGACCAGUGUGUUCCAACAUGCAAUAAGUGCAUCAACGGGACCUGUAUUGAUGCGGACACCUGCGUAUGUGAGACCCCACUGACGCUGGUCGACGGCACCUGUACUGCACCAACCUGCACGAACUGUGAUCACGGAGAAUGUACGGCUCCAGACGUAUGCAAGUGCCACCCAGGGUAUAUAAGAUCGGAAGGUACAUGCAAGAAAUUCUGUGACAAAGCAUGUAUCGGUGGGCAAUGUGUGGGAUACAAUAAAUGCAAAUGCCAUGACGGUUUUAUGCUAGAUCCCAAGGACCCCUUCAAAUGUAUCCCUUGCGAUGCUAACCAUGAACUGAAGUGUUCUGUGAAAUGCCACCAUGGGUACUGUUUGCCGCCAACUGACUGUACCUGUGUGCCCAGGAAAAAGAGUUCGAUAUUUCAACUUUAAUGUA